ACUAAUAAAUGAUUAAACAAAAAUGGUGGAAAAAUAUGAAAUGUUAAUAUAUUGAUUAAAAUUGGACAUUUCAUUCACAUGGAGACCAGAUUUCCACAAACAAAUGGUCUAUGAAGGAAAGACUUUCGGAACCUAUUAGAACUGUGUCAACUCUUACUUUCAUUCACAAAUGCAAGAACAGCUACUCGAGGAAGGGGAUAGGAUGGACGAGGAGGUCUCAUCAAGAAGUUCUUUUUCACCGUUAGAAUGGGUUUCCAAGUUUCAGACCAUGGCUCGGGAAGCAUACAAAAGCAAGCCAAUUUCACAUUGGGUUCUUCUGUUUCUAAGCAGUUUGGGAAUGCUUGUGGCUUUUCCUGCUUCAAGCCUUCUAUCUCGAGUCUAUUAUGCUAAUGGGGGAACCAGCAAGUGGAUCAUUUCAUGGGUAGCAGUUGCUGGGUGGCCAAUACCUGCUUUGAUCUUAUUCCCAACAUACCUCUUUUUAAAUGCUUCUCCUUCUCCUCUCAACUUAUACCUCUUCCUUUCCUAUGUUUUUCUGGGGUUCUUAAGUGCUGCUGAUAAUCUCAUGUAUGCAUAUGCCUAUGCCUAUCUCCCAGCAUCAACUGCAUCUCUGCUGGCAGCAUCAUCCCUAGUGUUCUCUGCACUGUUUGGUUUUCUGAUUGUGAAGAACAAACUGAAUGCUUCAAUGAUAAAUGCUAUUGUGAUAAUAACUGCUGCCAUGGCCUUAAUUGCAUUGGAUUCAGAUUCUGACAGAUAUGCCAGUGUCAGUAACAGCCAAUAUAUUUGGGGUUUUGUCUGGGAUAUCUUGGCAUCAGCACUACAUGGCCUUAUCUUUGCUCUUUCAGAGUUGAUAUUUGUCAAGUUCUUAGGUAGAAGGUCCUUCCAUGUUGUUUUGGAGCAACAAGUCAUGGUUUCUUUCUUGGCCUUUGUGUUUACUACUAUAGGAGUCAUAGUGAACAAGGAUUUUCAAGGAAUGGUAUCUGAGGCUAAAACUUUUAAGGGCGGGGAAACUGCAUACAAACAGGUUCUCAUUUGGGGGACACUCACUUUUCAGCUGGGUGUGUUAGGAGGCACUGCUGUGCUUUAUUUGGCUUCCACUGUCAUGGCUGGUGUUCUUAAUGCAGUUAGGGUACCACUCACAAGCAUUGCAGCUGUCAUCCUGUUACAUGACCCGAUGAGCGGCUUCAAGAUCCUUUCUCUGGUCAUAACCUUCUGGGGAUUUGCAUCCUACAUCUAUGGCACUGCCCCAGGGACAAAGUUAUCCUAAUUAUAAGUUUCUGUUGAAUACGUUGUUGUAUAAUGGCUGCUAGCAUCUACCUUGUGACAUAUAAAAAGAUGCAUAGGUUUGAUUGUAUGGCAGGCUCAAAGAGAUGUUAAAUUUAUCAAUUUAAAAAGGAGGAUUUGCAGAUAUUUCAGUAA